AUGUCGCAUCCGCCUCCAGCGAAAAAACGGUACUAUUACUCGGGCGGAGGCCCGAUGAGACAUGGUACUGGAUCGUUUGGUAAGAAAGUUUAUCCUGGUACACCAACAUUACCGUUAAACAACCCAGUGGAACCAGCUAGAACAAGUAGGUAUGAUCCCAGCUCGUCCGGUAGACCCACGUCUGGCAGAAGCAGGUAUAAUCCGGAGUCUGAGGAACCUGACGGGAAGUCUCGUUAUUCGGGGAGCAGGUACAACAACAGUCGGCAAACGAGACCUAGAUCGAUGGAAAUGGAUGCUUCGUAUCAUUAUUCCAAUGGACAGGCAAAUGUCGUGACUUCCAACAGUGCUUCUGGCUAUUAUUCGCGAAGCAAUAAGUGGAGAUCACAUAGUGGGUCGAAAUCGGAUUAUGACAAUUACAAUAGCUUGAGAGCCCCUUUUUGGAAGACACAGAGGAGUAAAUUUACAGCAGCAUCGCCGGUUUUGGCACCAGUUAGUCGGCCUAAUCGAUACAAUAAUUCUAUACCAACAACCGUACAGAGUAAAGAGAGCAGCGAAGAGUCGGAAAGUCUCUCUGAGUCAGGUAAAAAUUCCAACCCAAACUCCCUGGGUUCCAGUCUAAUAAAUUCCGUGACGCAAACAACUCGGAGUGUGGAACGACAACACGCUGUAGAUCAUAAGAGAAUUCAUUUAGAGAAGCCAGUAUCUGUGCGAACCCCCGAAGAAGAACAACCGAAAAUGGCCGUGGAUGAAGAACCAGUAGACGAGAAGAUUGACCUAAAAAAAUCCGAUGGUUUAUGGGAUACUUUUGAAAAUGAAGACAGGGACGAAACGACCAAGGAGGAGAUUACACAAGAGAAACCCAUUUUUCAUGCGGAAAAAUCAGAGGUUUAUGAUGAUUACGAAUUUAUUUACGAUCCCAAAUUAUCAAAGAACAAUAUACAAGAAUUAUCAAGAUAUGAACCAAUUGUCAAUUACAGUAUACCGAUAAAACCAAUAGACAAAUGUAUUUUUCCACUUACAAGAGCGGAGACAAGACUAUGGGAAUUAAAGAAUCAACCUAGAGAAGAAAUUAUAAGAGAUCAAAGAUAUUUGCUUAAGAAUCCAAUAAGAUCAGUAAAGUCCUACCCUUUCAUAAAACAGAACAUCCUGAUUCAUAGGCAGGCUGUACGACCGCUCCUUUGCCGCCAUCUUUCCACUUUGAAAAGAUUUGAAUAUGGGAAGAAGUUAACGUUAAAGAAACAAUUCCUAGAACUUCAAUCAACCUGGGAGAGUAAAUGUCAUCAAAUGGAUGAAAUGAGCAAAGAGAUGAGGAAAGAGGAGUUGGAAAUCAAGAGGAAGGAAGAAUUGGAAAAACAGGAGAGGGAGAGGCACGAAAGAGAAAAUUCAGAACUUCAAGCAAGAUUCUCUGGAUCAUCACGUAGGCGAAAUAGAGCUGAUUUCGUCGAUGAUACAGAAAUCGAAAAUGUUCUUUUGCAAAUCGAUCCUGAUUAUAAACAUCAUCAACAAGCGGCCGAAAUUCCUCCGAUGGUUCUGGAUCCAGUGAAUAGGUACACGAUGAAAUUCAAGAAUGUGAAUAAUUUAGUCACUGAUAAGAACGCUUGGGCUUCAAGGAUAUUGAAGGACGGUAUCGAUACUUUUACUCAGGAUGAGCAUAAAUUGUUUGUAGAGGGAUAUCUGACCUACCCUAAGAAGUUUGGUAAGAUUUCACAAUUCAUGGGCGCUCUUAGAUCACCAGAAGAUUGCGUAAUGCAUUACUAUAAAACAAAGAGCUCCGUUGACUACAAGAAACUGUUGAAUGAUAGAAACAAGAAGAGGCAAAAGGGCGCAAUAGCCAAACGUCGGAAGAAGAAAGAGAGAAGUGGUGAAACCGAAAAUGGAGUUCCUUCAUACUCCGAGUCCGAGAACGUUGGUGAGAUGGACGAAGAUAGUGUAAAGGCUACGACUAUAGGCGAAGAGCACUCUGAAGAAAAACCACCAAAGCAGAUGCAACAAGUUGAAAUUAAAGUUCCUGAGAAGGAUAAUGUUGUCAAUGAGAAGCAAUCCGGUACGGCCACGACUGAAGCUGUAGCUCAGUCGAUACAGGAAGACGAUAUGGUUGUCGACGAGCAGCUUCACAAGCCUUUGCCAGAGAAAAUGGAAAUAGAGACAGUAAUUGCUCAAAAGCGACCACAUGAAGCCCUGGAAGCGGCAAGUGAUGCUGAGAAAACUAUUGUUGAAGAGAACGGUCUCAGUGCUCAAACUGCUCAACCAGAAUGCAUUGUUGAUCAAAUGCAUUCAGAGUCAGCGACCGUUGAUGGAACAAACGUUGAAAUUCAUCAAGGCGGUGCGAUGCACGAUGAACACAUGCACAAAAAGAGACAGAAGAGCAAUGGUGAUCAUAAAUCUAGUUAUUGGAGUGUGAAGGAAGCAAACCUUUUCCCUGAGCUGCUCAAACAGUUUGGUUCGCAAUGGUCUCUCAUCUCAGACAAACUAGGCACAAAGUCAACAACGAUGGUGAGGAAUUACUACCAAAGAAACGCUGCUCAAUUGGGGUGGAAAUCAGUGGUGGAAGAAGCAGAUUUCAAAAGAAACGCUACAAGCUCGGGAUCAGUGCAGCAGUCUCAAAUCCUCAUUCAGGCUGAACAGAAUUCGAUUCCUAUUACAAAUGGCAUACCACCUCAACAGAGACCUGCUUUGGGGUUUUUCUCAAAUCAGGUUGCUUCUGAGAAGAGGUUACCGUACGAUGUUUCUACGCCACCACAGCCAUUUAUUCCAGAUCUGAAUAAAGAUUCAUUCUCUCAGGCAUCUACGCCAAACAAUAUUCUUCCUCCUCCUAGAUUACCUUCGAUUCAAUUACCUGGCACUACCGGUACCGAAACAUUAAAACCAGAACCACUUGCUAAUCGCUCAUCAAUUCCGUCUGGAUCUCCCAUGGACAACUUGCUAUCCAGAAACGAAAAGCCUGUCGGCGUCAGCUCAUCCACCAUCAAUAUUCUAAACAAUCACGACAGAAAGGAACCUUUCUCGCCAACUUAUCCUCCAACACAACCUCCACAUUUUAGCCAUUUGCAACAGAGUCAACAAUUAAGCGCAGUGCGUCCCAAAAUAGGUAAUUUGAUGGUUCAAGAACUGCAAACUUCGUCUUCAUCAUCACCAAGCGACCGCAGGUCCAGUUCAAUUUCCCUACUUCUAAAUCCAGAGAGCCAAAAUCCAAUACAACCUGCUGCCGCAAAUGCCACCCCUGCUACACCUGGCAAUGCACCAGUCAUAUAUCCAUCAGUACCUCAACCAUCUCGAGAGAACUUCAACUUCGCCAUGGAUCCACUGGGUGCACUUGCGGCAAUCGCAUCAGAAUCACUACUACCGACCAAGGGAGCACAAGCUACCAACAACCAUGACAACAAGAGCUAA